AUGAUGAUUGAGAUUAUGAAAUAAGCUAUGAAAAAAGCACUCUUUCAAAUUUUAAAUAAAAUUGUUAGGAAAAACAGUUUGUAAAAGCUUUAAUUCAAGCUGUAGAAAUAGAAGUAAUUGAUAAAAUAUAAAAAUAAAUCUUUAAGUCAAGAAUAAAGAAAUAAGAUAAAUUAUAAAUAAGUCAAUAUGAAUUAAUAAUCAAUAUCCAAUAAAAUCAUAAUAACCAUAAGUUCUUAAUCAAUUUAUAGAAAUUUAUUUAAUUAUUAGAAAUUUCAAAUUGAAUCUAAGUUUUUUUUUUAUNCAAUAAAAUAAAUUGGCAUUACUGAAUUUUUGAAAUAAAUCCCAACUGUAACAGUGGAUGGAUUAAAAAAAGCAGGUUUUUGGUUAAGUGAUUUAGAUAAAGUAAAUAUCUAAAAUUAGUAUCAAACUUUAUAAAUGAUAUAAUAAACUGCUUUAUAAACAUAGAAUAAUAAUCAAAUAUUAAAUUUAGCAACCGAAGUUUUAGGAGAUUAAGUCAGAAAUGGAGCUAUAUCUGAAAGUACAGCAUCUAAUCUGUACGAUUUAGUUAAUUAAUGUUUUUAAUAAUCUAAAGGAACAGUUAAUGGUUUUCGAAAUAGUUUUUGCGAAUUAGCAAAAAAAUAUUUAAGAUUAUAGAUAGCUAAAAGUAAAAGUAGCAAAUCAGAAAAAAAUUUAAAAAAAGAAGUAGAAGAAAUUUGCUAGACUCAAGGAAAUAAAAAAUUUGAUGGAAUACAAAGCAAAAUUCAUUAAUAUUAAUAAAAUGAAAAAUAUCUAAAUAAUGAAAUUUAGAAAUUUUCAGAAAUUUUCAAAAUAAUUUAUUUGAAAGACAAUGAACUUUUAAAAAAAAAUAGUAAAAUUAGAUUUGUAUUUUGAAAAAUUUUGCAAUCCCAAGUAAGUGGAGAAAGAGAUUAACAAUACCAAUAUUUAAAAAUAUUUAAAUUCAACCUUCGAUAUAAAUGAUAAAGAUAUUUAGGAUGAAUGUAAUAAUGUAAAAAUAUCAGAUUAAUAAUCAAUGAAUAAAUGUUAUUAGAAAGUAAUCAGACCAAAAAUCAUGGAAAUAUGCAUGGAUGUAUACAAUAAAUUAGGAGAAUAAUGCAAUAUUUUUAUAGAUUGCGAAUUCAUGGAACCAAUAGAAAUAAUUUUUGAGAACUAGUACAAUGACCAUUUGAACAGUCAUAUAAAGAAAUUUAAGUCACAAACAAGCGAAUACUAAAUGCAGAAUGCGAGUCAAUAUUAAAUACAAUAAAUUUAAUAAUAAUGCGAAGAGUUAUAAUAAAUAACUAAUUUUGAACCAAAAUUAUUGGUGAAAAAUGCUAUUGACUAUAUGAAAAAUUAAUAAAUGAUUAAUAAUGAUGGAAUCACCGUUUCAAAUCAAUUUAUGAAUAAGUUUAAUAAUUACUUGAACCAAUAAAAUUAUUUUAGUAUGAUGAUUGAGAUUAUGAAAUAAGCUAUGAAAAAAGCACUCUUUCAAAUUUUAAAUAAAAUUGUUAGGAAAAACAGUUUGUAAAAGCUUUAAUUCAAGCUGUAGAAAUAGAAAUAAUUGAUAAAAUAUAAAAAUAAAUCUUUAAGUCAAGAAUAAAGAAAUAAGAUAAAUUAUAAAUAAGUCAAUAUGAAUUAAUAAUCAAUAUCCAAUAAAAUCAUAAUAACCAUAAGUUCUUAAUCAAUUUAUAGAAAUUUAUUUAAUUAUUAGAAAUUUCAAAUUGAAUCUAAGUUAUUUUUUUUAAAUCAUCUUAUUCUUAUUUAUCAAAAUUAUCAGACCUACAUUUAUUUUUUUAAUAUUAAUAAUUAUAGAAAUUAUAAAUCAUCAAAGAAAUCAAUUUUAGAAACAAAUUCACAAAAACAAUAUAAGAUUGAUCAAUUUAUUUUGUGA